AGAAUCAACCUCAAUCUCUUUCACUUCUAAUUUCAUUUUCAAUUCCUAAGCUCUUACUUUUUCUCAUCCCGAAUCCACUUUGAUUGAAAUCUCCUCUGGUUGUAAUCCAUUCCCAAUCCAUCGAAGGAAGAUAUCGUUUGUAGAUCUUCGGAUUAAGCUGACUCGAAGUAAAAUUGAAGAUAUUUCAUAGAAAGGUAAAAACAAGUCACACUAUCAUCUAUCAUUUACAAAUCUCGUUGUGUUUUGGUUUUCUGGGUUGAUAAAUUGAGCGUCUUGUAUGUACAAUUGGUCGGAGCUGUAAUAUGGAAAAAUCGUGGGUCUGGUUACCAAGGAAUAGUGUUGAGUAUGAGAAAGGAGCUAGUGACUUCGUGUCUUCUUCAUCAAGACGUUUAGGUGAUCCAGCUGAAAUGUUCUGCCCUUGUGUUGAUUGUCGUAAUGUCUGCCAUCAAGCUUGUGAGAAAGUUUUGGAGCACCUGGUGAUUAGAGGAAUGGAUCAGAAGUACAAGAGUUGUGUGUUUUGGACAAAACACGGGGAGGCAAGAGCAGAUAAGUCAUAUAAUGUGUACUCAUCUGAAAAUGAGGCUUACGAGUUGUUCAGAACGACCUUCUUGGCAAGUGAACGCAAUGCGACUGCUGAAGAAGAUAAUGCAGGAGCGUUUGAGGGGCCUGACAGUCCAGAAGAAACUGAGUUCAGAAAGAAGUUAGAGGAUGCAGAGACCCCGUUAUACCCGAAGUGUGAGAAAUUUACAAAGGUUGCUGCAAUCAUGGGUCUUUACAGGAUAAAGGUGAAGAGUGGGAUGUCUGAGAACUAUUUUGAUCAGCUACUGUCCUUAGUUCAUGACUUGCUUCCCGGGGAUAAUGUGCUACCUAAGUCUACUGAUGAGAUGAAGAGGUUUCUGAAACAAUUUGGUUUUGGAUACGACUCUAUCCACGCCUGCAAGAAUGACUGUAUUUUAUAUAGAAAACAAUAUGAGGAUGCGGUCAGCUGUCCAAGAUGUAGUGAGUCAAGAUGGGAGAAGGAUAAGCAGUCUGGCGAGGAGAAGAAAGGGGUUCCUGCUAAGGUGCUUAGGUAUUUCCCGAUCAAAGACAGGUUCAGGAGAAUGUUUAGAUCAAAGCGGUUGGCUGAGGACUUGUGUUGGCACUCCACUAAUGCUUCUGAAGAUGGAACUAUGCGACAUCCAGUGGAUUCAUUGACUUGGGUGCAGAUAAACAACAAAUGGCCGGAGUUCGCAGCUGAAGCAAGAAAUCUAAGACUAGGUAUUUCAACAGAUGGCAUGAAUCCAUUCUCCAUCCAGAACACCAACCACAGCACAUGGCCUGUUAUGUUGGUAAACUACAAUAUGUCUCCUACGCAGUGUAUGAGGUCUGAGAACAUCAUGUUGACCAUGCUAAUUCCUGGCCCAACCGCACCUAGCAACAAUAUUGACGUCUACCUACAGCCAUUGAUGGACGACUUGAAGGACCUGUGGUCAGAAGGUAUACAAGUUUAUGAUUCCUUUAAGAAGGAGAGUUUCACUCUUAGAGCCAUGUUGUUGUGGAGUAUCACUGAUUACCCUGGUUUAGGAACUUUAGCUGGUUGUAAAGUGAAGGGGAAGCAAGCUUGUAAUGUCUGUGGGAAGGAUACACCACAUAGGUGGCUAAAGUUCAGUCGUAAACAUGUAUACAUGAAGAACAGGAAGCGGCUCAUGCCUAGUCAUCGAUAUAGACGAAUGAAAGGAUGGUUUGACAAUACGGUCGAGGUUGGUUCUGCAAAGAGGAUUCAGAGCGGUUCAGAAAUAUUAGACAGUCUAAGGGACUUUAAAAACGAUUUUGGGAAAGUCUUACCUAAGAAGAGUAAGAGAAAGCGGAGUGAAGGAGAUGAGGAUGAUGUUUCAGCUGAGGAGUACGAAGAAGAUGAUGAUAAGUGGCGGUGGAAGAAAAAAUCUAUCUUCUUUGACUUACCAUAUUGGAAGGAUAUGCCUGUGAGGCAUAACAUCGACGUGAUGCACGUGGAGAAGAAUGUGUCUGAUGCCAUGUUGUCUAUUCUGAUGAAUAGUUGCAAGUCAAAGGAUGGCCUGAAAGCGAGAAAGGAUUUACAAGAUAUGGGUAUUCGAAGCAGUUUACAUGCACAAGUAAGGGGGAAGAGAACUUAUCUGCCUCCAGCUGCGUUUUGGCUUUCUAAAGAGGAAAAAAAAAUAUUCUGCAGAAGAUUAUCCAACUUCAGGGGCCCUGAUGGAUAUUGUGCUAAUAUAUCCAAUUGUGUCUCACUGGAUCCUCCUUCUAUAGGCGGCAUGAAGUCACAUGAUCAUCAUGUUCUUAUGCAGAAUCUGUUUCCGGUUGCGUUGAGAGGUUUACUUCCAAAAGGACCUCGGAUUGCAGUGACUCGUAUGUGCAAUUACUUCAACAGACUCUGCCAACGUGUUCUUGAUCCCGAGAAGCUACUUGCUCUAGAAUCAGAGAUUGUGGAGACAAUGUGCCAGUUUGAGAGAUUCUUUCCACCUUCUUUGUUUGAUAUCAUGUUUCACCUUCCACUGCAUCUGGCAAGAGAAGCACGAUUGGGUGGCCCUGUACACUUCAGGUGGAUGUAUCCAUUUGAGAGGUAUAUGAAGACACUAAAGGCUUAUGUGAAGAAUUUCGCAAGACCUGAAGCUUGUAUGGCGGAGGGUUAUCUAGCUGGUGAAUGUCUUGCAUUUUGUAUGGAGUUCUUACAGAAAUCGGUUCCAGUUGAGGAGCCUCUGACAAGAAACGAAGAUUUAGAGGCACAUGAAAAUGUACUUGAAGGCCGCCCUCUGCAAAAAGCUACAGAAGUGAAACUUACUGAUAAGGAGAGAGAUGUAGCUCAUUGGUAUAUCCUCAUGAAUACUGCAGUGAUGGAUCCUUAUGUUCAGAUGCAUUUAGAGGAACUGCAAGCUAAAGAUGAAAGAUGUGCAAGAAAUGAAACGAUAUUAUGGAAAACUCAUACAGAAAGGUUCUCGACAUGGAUAAAAGAUAAGGAGAAGAUAAAGAGACUUGACAGUGAAAUGGAAUCAAGUUCAGCAGAUAAUAUCGGUGAAGAUGCUGUCACUCAGGUCCUAGGAAAAGAUAAGCCAGGAAGAAUUAGGGGGAUGGGACGAGGGGUUACUGUCACCAAGUUGGCAUUCUUACAUGCUAGAGAUUCACAUGUAAAGCAACUUGAAGCAACUCAAGCUGAACUAAUCAACAAGGUUCAAGAUUUGCAAAAUGUGGUUAAAGACUUGGCCGGUAAAAAGCAAAAAAACGGAUAUGAUUCCACUUCUGAGAGAAGCGAUGUGAGCAAGGGAGGAGGAAUAAGGUGCCAGAUACUGGAUUGGGUUUCGAAUGAUGAUUUGGUUGUUGCUGAAGGAGAAUUCUACUCUAGUGAGCCCACAUAUAAGAUUGGUCGCAUUCCACUGGGUCCUAAUGCGGCUGCUGUUGUAGUGAAGUCUGUAUCAGUCGUAACAGCACCUAUAUGGAGACCUACUCCAACUUGUGUAUCGCUUAGUCAGGCAGUAGGAGUGAAAAUUGCAUGGCCAUCUGAGAAACUCAUCUUGGACGAUGGCAUUGACAUCUCAAACAAUGGCAACAUCGACGAGUCCGAGGUAAAAAAUACAUUCUGUCCUCCAACGUUUGUUAAUCAUUAAUGAAUUUACUUCUGAAAUUUGUGAAUAUAUUUUGCAUGAUUCAAGAUCUAGCUGCAUCUUUAGGAAAUGUUAAAAUAUUUGAUUACUGGAAACUAGAAGAGGAGUUGAUUGCUGAGGGUGUCUUGUUGACAACCGAUCCUUCUCACCUUGUCAACCAAAUUCCCCUUGGACCGAAUGCUGCAGUUCUUAGAGUCCAACUGGUUUUUAAACCUGAUGCAUUUAUCUGGAGACCUACACCUGAAAUGACAAAGAUGGGUGAUGCAGUACAUGGGACAAUAGCGUGGCCUCUAGAUAAGAUAAGACUACCUGAUCAACAUUCACCUACUGAUCAACAUUCACCUACUGAAUCAAACAAGAUAUCCAAUCAGAGUGGUGGUAACAGCACUAGUAGUAGCAAUAAAGGUGGUAAACAGAGAUGUGCUCUCUUGGACUGUCAAAGAUUAGGACAGAGAGUUGCUAUAGGUCGUGUGUUGUCAACUGAUCCAGCAGAGAAAGUGCAUUUCGUUCCUUUAGGUCCCAAUGCUACGAAGGUUAUGGUAGAGGUUUCCGAGUUCGAUGGGGCUCGAGUGUGGAGGCCAAACUCUGAAAUCGAAUUCAUAGGUGAUGCAGUAGGAAGCACCGUGGCUUGGCCAAAUGAUAAGGUUGUGUAUCUCUAAGGAUGACAAUGUUGCUUUAGUGUGAACUUGCAAUGUAUGAUGUCUAAACAACUUAUGUAAUGUGUUUAUGUUGGAUUUAUGAAAAAUCUGUUUAUUAAUAUAAUUUGAUCUUUUGUUUCAAAAUUCCGAAAUCGAAUAUGUGGAAAUAUAAAUAUAUAAAAAAUUACAAUUUAAAAUAUAUAAAUAUAUUAAUAUAUAAAUAUAUAAACAUAAUAUAUACAGCACUAAUCAAACUGCUAUAGUAGUUCAUAUAUACGUAGCACUUUCGUAACUGCUAUAGUAGUAUUAACUAAAACAAAGAGAAAACGCUAUUAAUAAUAUUAGUAAUAGCAUUAAAACAACGCUAUUAAAUAUUAUUUAAUUGCAGAAAUAAAAGCGCUAUCGUAGCGGAAGAAAAGAUAGCACAACGAAAUACCGCUAUUUAAUGCCCUCGACCUAUUAUGACGGGCGAUGAUACAGCGCUUGUUAAAGCGCUAUCGUAUUGUUAUAUAGCGUUAUUCGUCCGCUGUAAAAA